AGUAAACUUCAUGUUAAAACCUCCUCAUAGCGAAGGACGACGUCGUGGGUGAAAUUGUGCAAAAAUGGGUCAUUCUGCUUUUUUUAUUUUAGCGGUGUUUUUAUCCAUAGCGUCGGCCCAGUUCAUACCACCGUAUACAGAAGACUGUCGGGCUGACAUGUAUCCACCAAAGGGUCCCACGUACAGAGGAGGUGUCAGCUGGUACACGGUGGACCUCGACCUGCCCCCCAGCAAGAGAUGGACAGCUCUGAUUACUGACAAGAAAACCGAACUGGUCAGCAUGGUUCAGGCAAUCAAAGACUUGGCUGAUAUGUUUGUGCCCAGCGGCAGACUGACAGAGUUGGUUGACUUAACACUGCCUUUAAUGGCGAGCACACUCCCAGAGCCUUUUGGUGAUGAACUCAAAGGAAUCGCAGACGUUUCAGGCAUUGCUCUCGGUGAAAUCGUCUUGUUCAACAUCUUCUACGAGGUGUUCACUGUGUGCACAUCAGUUGUUGCAGAAGACACUAAGGGCAACCUGAUUCAUGGUAGAAAUCUGGACUUUGGCUUAUUUAUGGGCUGGGAUGUGAAAAAUAAGUCAUGGAUCAUUAGUGAGAAGCUGAAGCCUCUGGUGGUCAACCUCGACUUCAAGAGAAACAACCAGACGGUCUUUAAGUCGACAAACUUUGCUGGAUAUGUUGGCAUGCUGACUGGUAUCAAGCCUCAACUUUUCACUCUGACUAUGAACGAACGCUUCAGCAUCGAUGGCGGGUACAUCGGAAUCCUGGAGUGGAUCUUCGGGAACAGAGAAGGCAAGUGGAUGAGCUUUCUCACUCGCUCUGUCCUAGAAAACGCAAACAGCUAUGAAGAAGCCAAAGCCCGCCUGGCUCAGACCAAGCUGCUGGCUCCGGCCUACUUCAUCCUCGGAGGAAACAGCACAGGCCAGGGCUGCAUCAUCACCAGGUCCAGAGUGCUCAGUCUUGAUAUCUUGGAGAUCGACCUGAAACUGGGCCGGUGGUACGUUCUGGAGACAAACUACGAUCACUGGAAGGCGCCAUUGUUCCUGGACGAUCGCAGAACUCCAGCCAUGAAGUGCAUGAACAAGACCACACAGACAGGUAUCUCUCUAAAGACCAUGUAUGACAUGCUCUCAACCAAACCAGUGCUAAACAAGUUGACUACAUACACAACACUGAUGCAAGUGUCCAAGGGAAAUCUGGAGUCGUAUAUUCGUGACUGUCCGAACCCGUGCAUGCCAUGGUAACAUUCAAACCGCUGAACCCCCAUCAGUUUGUCAAAGCUUACCUGCAUGGAGAAGCUGUGUUGGAAACAAGCUCAGCCGAUGUCAGCGCAAAAUUUAAGGGUUAUUCUUAGUGUUUGCACAGCUGCCAAUCACCUAAACCAAAGUGUGAUGAUGUCAAUCGUCCCCCCCCCCCCAGCAAUUAGGGUCUGCUUAAAGCUUGCAAUAAACUCUAAUUGCAAAUGUUUGUCUUUUAAGGGACUCUUGUACAAAUGUGAAACUUGGGUUUCCUUCUUUGAUGUUUACUGUUAAUAUGGGAUGGUUAAUCUGCAGGAUGAGAGAACUGGGAGUUAAAUGUUUGUGUAGACUACUGUAAAAUAAUUUGUCUAAUUUAGCAAACUUAGCCCACCCUCACCAUUGUGUGCCUCCGCACUGUGUGACCCAGCAUGAGUGUUUCUUUAACUCUGACUUAGUGACUUAGUGACUUAGUGACUCUGACUCUUAAGUUACAGGUUCUGUUUCAACACCUGACUGACCAUUUCACACACUGUAACUGACCAAUGUACCUCUCAGAUGGCUUUUUUGAAAAUGUAUAAUAGAUGUUUAAUAAAAGGAUUCACAGAUUUUU